AAGCUGGAGGACCUGGGGACAUUUGAGAAGGGAGGCGGGGCUGGCGGGCGAGGAGUCCUCCGUCUUCCCCCGGACCCAGCCCGGCUCUUUCCUGCUUCGUUGGGAGGGGGCACCCUUGCCUUGGAUGGCUGUGAAGCGAAGGAUGCAAUCCUGCUUGCAAUUUGGACAUACUGGUAGGUGAUGCCCUCUGAGAAGAAGCCAUCAAGACCCAUGUCCCAACAAGAUGCUGUAGGAACAGCUUGCUGAGCUUGCCUUUCAGUAGCUGCAAACUGAGGCCCAGCAAGGGUCAAAACAACCAGCUGCCCAGGUUGGCCUGUUGAAAACUGAAGGGGAAGGAGUUAGGUUUAAAAAUGGAGGAGAGAGUCAAAACCACAAGGGAGGUUCCCCAAACUGUCAAUGAAACGUGCUUAAAGGAACUCCCAAGACAGGUGGCCUCGCAAAAAGGUGAACGACAACCAGAUGAUAGGUUGUCUCAGCAACGGGCAGCCCAGCGUCAAGAGUUCCUGAAAGCUCUGGAUUCCCAUUGUUUAGGAUGGGGAAACCCACAGCUGAUAAAACUUGGGCCCUGGGAUGACGCCAAGGCCUUCCUGGCCUCCUUUGAACAAGUGGCCGAGGCCUGUCAGUGGCCCAGGGAAGAAUGGGCAACCCGGCUCCUACCAGCACUGAGUGGAGAAGCCCAUCAGGCCUUUAGCAGCCUAGAGGCCAGAGACAGAGAGGAUUAUGGGAAAGUGAGGGCAGCCAUCUUGCGUAGGGAAGCUGGCUGCAUGGAAGCCCUGCGGCAGCAUUUCCGGCAGUUCCGCUAUCGGGAGGUGGAGGACCCACGGCGGGUUUACAACCAGCUCCGGGAGCUUUGCCACCUGUGGCUGAAGCCAGAGAGGCACUCGAAGGAGCAGAUCUUGGAGCUGCUAAUCCUGGAGCAGUUCCUGGCCAUUUUGCCCCAGGAAAUCCAGAGCAAGAUCAGAGCCAGGGACUUAGAGGCUGGCAUUUCAACAUUGGCAGAAGAGUUCCUGAAGAAUCCUCAAGAGGCCAAGUCCUGGGAAUGGCAGGUUCCAUUGGAGGAGGCAGAUGUGAGGCCAGAAACCAAGAAGGUUCUUCAGAGACAGAACUACAUGGGGGCCAGGGAGAAAGCAGAGGGGGAUCUCUGUUUGCUCGCCAGUGGAAUAAUGUCCACAAGCCAUCCUAGCUCAGUGCUGACCCCUGAAGACAAAGACUUGACUGAAGGUGAACUUGAUGAGGCAGCUGUGAAUUUGAAUGAGGUGAUGGUGUCUUUGGACAACGUUGACUGUGCCAUGUUGAACUCCAGCCAAGGAACCAUGCACUGGGAAGUCAUGCAGGAGAACUCAGAGGAUGUCAGCAACUUAGGAGGAUUUGUGAUUCCCAAACCAGAAGCUGUAUCCCAGAUGGAACAAGGAGAAAUUACCUUUGUCCAGGACUCAGAGGAAGGGGAAGAAUUUCCAGGAAGCCUCUCUGGUGAUGAGGAUCCAAGCAAGGUCAAGGUGGAGUAUUCCCCACAAGGAGACAGUGAGCCGGAGGAAAUAUACAGCAUGUCUUUGGAGAUAUCCCAAGGAAAGGCUUCUCUGGUAGCUGAGAUUCAUGAGUCAGGAUGUGACUCUGAUGGAAAAAAAGGAUGGAAUGAAUCCAUGCAAGGUCCAAUGGCAGUGAAGGAAACCGCAGGGCACUCCAGGGUGAAUAAGUUUUUGCACUCCAAGACUGGGAAAAUGAGUAUGCAGCUGUAA